UGCAGGUCACCUUUUUCCUAGCAUACUGCUGCUGGAGGGACCUAUAUAACCACAUAUGAUUAACUGCUACUUCAGUGAAACUGACCCACGGGAGCCUCAUACAACACCCCUCCGUGGGCGGCUAUUACAGCCUUGUGGUUGGUAGGCGAAAUGGCAAGGCUGUGGGCGCAACAUCAUAUCUCUCCCACCACCCCCUCCGCCCAGUCAUUCAAUUUCUUCAGACCAGCUGAUCCAUCUGGUAGACACGUCUCUCGUCCACUUAUUUCCAGGCACACUUUAGCAACAACACUAUCUUGUCCACCCUGCUUUAACAUUCCUCCACGAUGAAAACAUUCCCUGAAGCGGACGUUAUCUGGUGGAAUGCGAGGUCCUAUUACAUUCGAUGCCCAUUCUGCGAAGCAGUUCAUCACCACGGCGUAAACUGGAACACGGACAAGCUGAGAUAUUCACAUUGCGAGAAGAUGGAGACUUACUUUUGCUGCUUCCCCAUGAAUGAGCAAGGCCAAGUUGCAUAUGAAAUCGACAAGCGACGAGGACGAUAUGUCAAUAUUUGUGUAUCGCACGAUAGUGAUACCGAGGAUGACGAUGUUGAUCAUCUGGCAAUCGAGCUGGCUCAGAAGGCUACGAUUGCAGCACAGAGAGAAGAGUCAUACGCGAAUAUCAGGGAAGAUUCCAAGGAAAUGGCUACCAUCAAUCCAGGACAGGGCAGGGAGCCAUUUGAACAAAAGAGGAUUUUUGAACCGAUACGCGAUUGUGCCGAAGGAAAUACAAGAGCGGUAAAGGAAUACCUGGAGACUUCUAGUGAGGCCCAGCUGUUUGUUCGAGGGCGAGAUCAUGAUGGUAAAACAACUCUUAUCAGCAUAGCACCUGAGCCGUGUUCGGAGAUGGUGUCGCUUCUUAUUAAGUAUGGGGCUGAUGUGGAUGCUGUCGACAAUGAUGGGAGGAGUGCCCUUAUGGAGGCAGCACUCUUUGGUUGGACCGAAAAUGUAAAGGUUCUACUGCAGAACGGCGCAGACAAGAAUAUUCGGGAUAGCGAAAAUCGACUAGCUGUUGACUUUGCUCGAGACUAUUACAAAAACCGGGCCGAGAGAUACAAGCGUACCAGAGUUAGCUUAACAUCUCCAUUGAAUCCACGGCUAGGCUAUACCGAGGACACAUUUAAAAGGGAUAUUGAUCGUCAGGAAAUUAUACGCCUCUUGGACGGAGAGAACAGGAAGUCAAAGAUUGUCUUUGGGACCCCUCCCACGUUAUCACUAUCUGAAUCCUACUCUUUCACACCCUCCCUAAUGCAGGACUCGUUAGUAUUACGCGGCCCAAUUGAAGAGUAUCCAAUCAGCAGCAGCUCUAAGACGGUGGCGCGUUUGGAGCGAGGUGGAAAUUUUCCGUCUAUUGGCGCUAUGAGCGGAUGGUCGCAUAGCCCCGUGCAGUCCCUCAGGGUUGACGGUCGACAGUGGACUGAUGAUGUCUUUUAUAUCUCGGAAGUAGUGGGUCAUGUUCUAGCUUCCCAUGGCUAUGAUCGGGGUAAGGACGGCCAAUACAAUGCAUGUCACGCAGAAAAGCAGUUGAUAGCGUAUUUUGUUGAUCGCCACGUAUUUCUUCCACGCGACCUCGACCUGAACUUGAAAUUAGAGGAAAGGAUCGAGUGUGUAGAGGAAGAGCUUCAGGAGUUCCUAUCCGGCACGGAAAUAGGUCGCAAGGUGACAUCUCUUGAAAAGAGGAAGAAGGGUAUAAAACAUGAGCUAUUGGAUGGGGACGAAAAGCUCGUUGGAAAGCAUAAUGAGAUCAAGGCACUGAAGGUGGAGCGCAAAUCUGUUGAAACAGCCCUAAACCAGUUGAUUGCCAGCCCUCAAGCACGACCAUUGUUGAAGCUAGAAAGCCAACUGAAUAUUCUAAAUCAGCAACUAGACAGACAUACUGACCUGAUGGAUAUGGCUAGUGCGCCACUACCUGCGUCAUUAACCGAGGCGGUCAUACUGGUCAGCUCGCCUCCUUGUCAGGACUGCAGGGUGUUCAAGGACAAAAGUCAAUGCGCGUUUUGGGCUAUCUAUACAAUUAUUUGCGGCACUUUGACUUGCAUUGCAGCGAUCAACAUCAGGAAGCCAGAGGAUUGUGGCUUUCCAUGGGAUCCGGGAGGCGAGCAGUAAGC